AUGAACCGCUUCCUCAUCACCAACUCAAACACCGCCGUUCAAGCAACACAUCCCCUCGACGCAUCGCCCGCCAUGACCAAACACACCCCCGACACCCUUCGCUCCCGCGUCUCUUCCCUCUCCCUCCGCCUUCAAGCAAUGGAGCACGCCGAAGCUCUCUCGCGCUCCCAAUCCCCCGCGCCCUCCAUGUCCGCAUCCACCACCGCCGCCGCCCCCGGCACGGCCUCGAAGCACUUCCUCCUCGCCGACUUGAACGGCCGCCCAGCCUCUCAGAACCCCGUCUGCGAGUCCUGCUGGAACACCCUCCGCUACAGCGAGGUCCGCCAGACCGUUCGCGCCGCCAACCCGGCCGCCUGCAAGCUCUGCGUCGUUGCCGCCAGUAAGCCAGAGGCCUACACCCAGCCCUUUGUCGACUUCCUCUCCGAGAACCCCACAAUCUUCCAUGCCGUCUCCUACUUCAAGGAGAAGCUCGCCGCCGCAGGUUACACCGAGCUCCCCGCCCGCGAAAGCUGGGCCUCCAAGGUCCAACCCGGAGGCAAAUACUGGACCACCCGCAAUGGUUCUGCCCUUAUCGCCUUCUCCGUGGGCGAGUCCUACAAGCCCGGCAACGGCGUCGCAAUGAUCGCCGGCCACAUUGACGCCCUCACCGCCAAGCUCAAGCCAGUCAGCUCCAAGCCCACCCGUGCCGGAUACCACCAGCUCGGCGUCGCCCCCUACGCCGGCGCCCUCAACCAGACCUGGUGGGAUCGCGACCUCUCUAUCGGUGGUCGCGUCAUCGUCCGCGAUCCCGAGACCAACAAGACAUCCACCAAGCUCGUCCGCCUCGACUGGCCCAUCGCCCGCAUCCCCACCCUCGCACCCCACUUUGGCGUCGGCAUGAUGGGUCAAAACAACCCGGAGACCCAGGCCGUCCCCAUCAUCGGCCUCGACUCCUCCGACCCGGACGCCGCCUCCGCCACCCCCGUCGAACCCCUCGGCCCCAAGGGCGCCUUCGUCAACACCCAGCCCCCCAAGCUUGUCAAGCUCGUCUCCAAGGAGCUUGGCCUCGCCUCCCCCACCGAAAUCGUAAACUGGGAACUCGAGCUCUACGACUCCCAGCCCGCGCAGACGGGUGGCCUCGAUCGCGAGUUCAUCUUUGGCGGCCGCAUCGACGACAAAGUCUGCUCUUGGGCCGCCCUCACCGGCCUUCUCGCCGCCGACUCGGACCCCAAGGAUGGCAUAAUCAAGCUCGUGGCCCUCUUUGACGACGAGGAAAUCGGAUCCCUUCUCCGCCAGGGCGCCCGAGGCAACUUCCUCCCCCUCACGAUCGAGCGCGCCGUCGAGGCCCUCAGCGGCCACGCCGACGUCGCUUUCGGCUCAAAUGUCAUCGGUCAGACCUUUGCCUCCUCCUUCCUCUUGUCCGCGGAUGUGACCCACGCAGGAAACCCCAACUUCCUGGGCCUGUACCUGGAUGAACACAUUCCCAAGCUCAACGUUGGUAUCGCCAUCUGCGGCGACAGCAAUGGCCACAUGACCACCGACGCCGUCUCCACGGCUAUCCUCCAGCGCGUCGGCGAGCUCAGUGGGUCCGCGACGCAGACGUUCCAGAUCCGCAACGACACUCGCAGCGGCGGGACUGUUGGACCCAUGCUCAGCUCCGCCAUGGGAGUCAGGGCUGCGGAUGCGGGAUUGCCGCAGUUGAGUAUGCACUCUAUCCGCGCUACCACGGGUGCGCUGGACCCUGGUUUGGGCGUCAAGUUCUUCAAGGGGUUCUUGGACCUCUUUGAAAAGGUUGAUGCAGAGUGGCAGUAG